GAACGUCAACAGGAGGACAUUAUGCCAACAUACAGAACUACAAGACUCAGUAAAGUACAGCUGAAUGAUUUGAGGGAAUUACAUGCUUAAGUGCGACGUAGUGCGCGAUAAUUAGCCCGUUUGUUGGUGAAACGUUUUCUUGCGAACAAAGGAACGGUUUCCACGACGGUAUUUAUUAAUAGACAGCCGCGGAGUUAAGUCUGAUCUCAUACACGCAAGCAUUAGAAACACACUGCGCGUAAAAUACCCGCAGGUCCGCGGCAAAAAAAAAGAAAAGAAAAAUGCUGCAUAUAUUUCGACUUACUUCCUUCGCUAUUUGUGUGUGGGGAAUUGAGCGAACCUGUUCUAGUUUUUUACUGGCCCAAGGAGCAGGGGAAAAGCGCGAGGUAUUUUAUGUGGAGGUAGAUCUGAGAGCGAAUUUGCUGGCCCAUCCCCCGCAGGUCUUACUGGCGUCGAGUCGCCGUCCCGUCCGCACUCGGAGCUCCGUUCCGUGCCUUAAAUUGAGCCUACCCUCUCUAGCAAGAAAUGUGCUUUCAACCUGAUCAUAAACUUGGUUUGAAAAGAGAGCCCCGCCCACCCUCUGGUUCUUAUUCUACGACAGCUUUAAAACAGCAGCUUUCCAGUCUUGCGAUUAGAACAAGGAAACGCAGGGAAGAACUGCACAUUGUCCCUUCUAAUGCAGUAAUCGAACGCAAUUGACUGAAAAAUCUGGCGGAAUCUACAAGUUUUUAUUUGCGAAGAAAGACGACACUUCCUAGAAAUAAGCAUGGAUUUUUUAAAUCACAACUAUUUGAACGCUCGCUCCCCUUACGACUACACAUUCAAUUUCUGGAACGACUAUUUGGGUCUCUCGACGUUGGUCACGAAGAACAAGAACAGCGCGCCCCAAAGUCCCAAUUCCAUCACGGAGUCUCUGAAAGCGACUCUGGGCUUGGACGAUUCCCCGGCGUGCUCGUGCGUUAUCGGGGGCAGCAGCGAAGGUGGACACUUGGAAUGCUGCUGCCCUUCCGCGAGUCCUCCGCCUACCUCCAUCCUCGAUUUGAAAGAGCGCUUCUCCAUUUUUAGCCCUUUCCAGAACCAAAGUGCCGGCGUGCCACAGCAGGACAGAGAAUCCGGUUUUGGAGGGAGCUUCGCCGGUUUCGACCUUUUCGGCAUGGAGCGAAAGAUGCGCAAGCAGACGCCGAGGAAUAAGCAGGAACCCAAGAUCUGCGUCUUCUGUCGGAAUAAUGGAGCGCCCGAGGAGGUGUACGGCUCCCAUGUACUGAAAACGCCAGACGGGAGGGUCGUUUGUCCCAUUCUCAGGGCUUAUACUUGUCCCCUAUGCAGUGCCAAUGGGGACAAUGCCCAUACCAUAAAAUACUGUCCGCUUUCCAAAGAUCAGCCCGCACAACGGCCACUUAAGGGAGGGAGAGCGGUGGGGGGUAAGAGGCUCAAAAUAUUCUAAGUAUAUCGUGACAAUUACGGAGAAGCAAACUCAAUCUAAUAAUUGCACUGAAUGUUUUCCAGACGACUGUUUUGAUUGCGGCUUUCCCUGGUCAUAACUAUACAAUAUCCAAUUUGACGCAAAGAUAAAUAGGAAAAACAUACCCCGUGCAUCAGCCCUCAAAGUGUCAUUGUCAGUUGAGAAUGAUCUAUUUGCGUGGUUGAUUAAUUUUACUUCACGAGAAGCAUUUAAACGCUACAUGGCACAGUUGUCGCACUGUUCAUAACAUGCACCUUCAUUCAUUAUCACGUUUUGUGAAUAAACGCUAGUAUUUUUAAUAGAGGGUACUAUGACUGUUUGCGUACGGAGAAUAGUAUCUUAGUUUCCCGGAUGCAUUUUGUAUUAUUGUAUUAGAAGCAUACCUUUAUUGUCGCUUGUCUUAUGAACCAAAGUUUAGUUAAUUUUUAAAACGAGAACGAAUGUUUCCAUUCUGCAUUUUACACUGAAGCUAGAUGUCAGUCCCUGUUACUUACCAGGGAUGUGGGCGUUGUUCUUUAAGCAACCUCUUUCAGCCACCUCAGUCCAUAAGACGGUUUCACCCUUGUUCUGAAGAAAAAGGCCAUUACAUACAACAUCCGCUUUAAAAGUAAACAAAUAUCCACCUAAACAAAGGGUACUCUCUUGUCUUAGAGUAACUUCAAAAUGAUCGCAUGCAUUGCCAAAUGACUUCAAAAUCAUUACACUCAUUCAUAGCGGUUUACAAUGCUAUACCUUUUAAAGUAGAUAAUAAUGAAGAACGUAAGUGGAGGUAGGCUACUCAUGUUUACAAACCCGACAGCGGGUAAAACACUGGAUGUUAGUGUCUUUUGAAGAAUAUCGAAUCCAUAUGGCUUUCCUCCAUAGAACAUUGCCAUUCAUGAGUUUUACAAGCGGUUCCCACCUACAAUAUUUAAAACAAGAUGGGGGAGAUGCGCGGAGCGCUUUACAAAACACCGUAAAAGUCCGGGAACAAAUGCAGUAAUUCUUUUCUUGUGAAAUGCUGAAGUCCUAUAGCACGAAUGAAUGUCAUUAAAGAAGCUUUUUUGGAACAAUGUACUAUCCCUUUUUGCAUUAUUUACGAGAAUGAAUCCAAAAAGAUGCAAAAAUGUUGUGAAUGUAAAAUAAAGUGAAACGUGACACUUGGAGAGACUGCACAUUUCUGACAGUUAUGUUUACCAAAGGAAUACAGUAACUUUAAUGAAAUAAGGAAAAAAGUAAUAGAUUUUCUGUAUUGUAUAUACAAAGUGUGUAUUGUUUAUUCAGUAUUUUAACAUUAUAAUAACUGACUUAAGAGGGUACUACCUCAACAGAAUUUUCAAAUAAUUACAAAUUUGUACUUAUAUGUAAAAUGUCAACAUUUGCAGUUUAUAAAUAUAGUGCUGCCAUUUAUAAUAAGGGUUUUUAAUAGUAUUUUUUGGAUCUUUGUAUUACAUAAUUGUAUAUUUCCUUUGUUGCAUUAUACAUUUGAAAGUCAAUUUCCGAUAAGCUCUAAGCAUUGUUUGCCAAAAGGCAAGAGUUGUAAAUAAUAAUAUCCAUAUGUUCUUUGAAGUUGUGUCGUCUUGAUGUUUCGCUGUUUUUUGGAGAGUGUAAAUGAGAGAAUGAAUUAUGUUUAAGGCAAUAUCCAAAUUUGCCAGUUUUAAUUGCCAUUUUUAAUUAAAAGAAAAACGAGAAACAACUGUUGAAUUUUGUUAUUUAUAUUUUGUCACUUACUGUAUGCUGCAGCGCAGAAUGCUAACAAAAUGAAAUCACUACAGAAAUAAACAGCUUAUCAAAUAUUUUAAAUCA